GUAAUGGAUAGCCAUGGAAGGCAAAGGAGGAGAGGCUUCUUGGGUGCAGGAAGUUUCAGGCCAGAACCAGAUACAGCAGUGAAGGCAAGCAAACCGGUGUCACGAAGUUGGGUUUUAAGAAGAUCUAAGGCUUCUCAUGAGGAGGAGGAUGAUGCUCAUGGUGGUAGAGGGGCAGUGAACUUAGUGGAGGCAAGGAAGUCUGUAUCACAUGUAGAAACAAACCUAUCAUCAGUGGCUGCAUUCCUUCAAGUGAAAGUUUUGGCUACAGACAUGCCAGGGUUCAUGCAGGUUCAUGCCUUCCGGUGUGCUCGGAGAACCUAUGACAGCUUAGAGAAGAUUAGUACUAAACAUGUAGCUCACAACAUGAAGAAGGAAUUCGAUCGAGUAUAUGGGCCUGCUUGGCAUUGCAUUGUGGGCUCAAGUUUCGGAUCCUUUGUGACACAUGCGACAGGUUGUUUCCUUUAUUUUUCAAUAGAAAAAAUAUUUAUUUUGGUAUUCAUGACAAAGGUUCAGACAGCAAAGUGACUAUAAAGAAACUUAUGCAGGUCCAAAGUUGGGUUUGACCUCUUUAUUGUUCAUUAUUGUAUUAUUUAUUAAGAAAGGUGUACAUUUUAUAAUCAUA